AUGUUGACUGCGGCGGUUCCACCACCAACACAAUCGCCACCUGCGGAAAAAUUUCCGGUUCCGACGGGAACCACGCGUGUUACGGCAGGUAGUAGCUAUCCGUCUCAAUUGCCAGCCUCUGUUCCAAUACCGCAAAAAGAGUCUUCGGUAUCUUUGCCCGCAGCAGCUUUUGUUGCACAACAAACGCAAGGCCCUACGCUGGCAACAAAAACAACUGCGGCGCCAGUUUUGAAGUCACAAUUCACACAACCUCUGGCGGUUCCAGUCGUUGCGACCUCAGCGCCGACUCUCGAAGUUUUGCCCACAUGCAUCCCCGUUGUGCCACCUGUUGUGUGGUAUAACAAACAAAUACAACACAUCUCUGCAAAGCCCUCUUGCGGUGCAGUGUCUGAGGCAGUAAGCUCACUUAGGGUGCGACACAGCGAUGAACACCGCGCAAGUCCGUCCAUGUAUCCUCCGAAGAAUAGGUAUUUGUGGCAGCCUGCACCUUCGUCCGAGAACAUCGCAUCGGAAUCGUGGCGUGGGACAUACUGGAAGUAUGUAGAUGUACAUCGUUACAUUGCGAGGCGGUACUGCGGAAACCCACCUCCGAAAGAGUAA